GAGGAGUUUCGCUGACGUUGACGCUAUCUUCAUCCUUUGCCGUCUGGAGCGCUGUUACAUCAAACGAUAGCGUGGCGUUUUCCUUGCUCCGCCUUCGUUAACAAUAGAAAAACGUUAGGUGUGAAAUCAUUUUCGUAGUCAAAACGCAGUAGGCGCCUAAUAUAGAAGCCAUUUUCCUUGGUCGUGUUUGAUUGUUAUUCCAAUCCAAGUUUUCUUAAUUUACUUAACCUUAGACAAAAACAAAAAUGAUUAGUCCUACACGAUGCCAACCCCUGGAAGAUUUCCCUCUUUAUUACCCAUUUGGAAGCACUCGAGUUCGAAACGUUCUGAAAUAUUUCAAAGAUCAAAGCUCUGGUGAGAAGACUAAUAGUAAAACUACUCAGGUUCUCUUUCUUGGAUCUGGGGACAUGAGGGAAACUCUUCAGGCAACAACAGCUGAGCAUGUCCAAAAUUUUCACUUCCAUCUUAAUGAUAAUUGUCCAUCAAUUGUGGCUCGCAACAUCAUGAUCUUGAAAAUUCUGUCAGCUCAAGGUUUUGAUCCCAAUAAGGAAGAAGAUUUCAGCUUUCUGUGGGAUGUUUGGUAUAAUACCGAGUGGUCAGAGAUCACUAGAAAACGAUUUCUCAUUGUUUUAAAUGAUCUGUUGGAUGAGAAGUUACCAGAAAAUGUUAUUGUUCCUGAUCCAAACCAUUACAAAAGUCUGAAGAAAAUAUGGAAAGUUUGGCACACUAUUCUUCAAGAAGCCAAUCAGAUUCUGAAACGCUGUUGUGUGAAGCCAAGAAAAAGAGAUCUGAACUUCUUGUGACAUCACACGAAUUUACCGUUAACCCCCCUCGCAAUUCAGAUGAAAAAAUAACCCAUGCCAAAGCUUAUUCAAGAGCAGUAAACGAGAUCACCCAGUAUUUAAUGAAGAGAAAUGCGAUUGGAGACCUGGAAGACUCUGUGGGGCGGAUAAUUGAGCAGGAAUUUCAAGCGUUUUACAAAAGAGGCAACUGCCGAUUCAAAAAUGAAUUGAAAACGGUGUGUAUUAAUCCGACGUUUCUAAAUCCUGACACCGAGCAAUGGCAAGUCCACUACUCAUCGUGCCCUUUCCUUGGCUAUCUUCCAUUAUCGCAAGAAGAACUAAUAACGUCAGUCAAAGACAAAAUUCUUCUACCCACCUGCCAGAAAAUUCUGAAAAACACACUGGCUUCCUACCGAAGUCGUAUUGCAGACAUCCAAGUAUUUUUCCACUUAGAAGAUGCCCUGGAAUUUUGUUUCACGGACGCAAACAAGUUUGACGUCAUCGACUGUUCUAACCUCGUGGAUCGUGUCGGACUUGCUAAUCUCCUCAACGCUGCAAGUGGAAAAUUGUCGAAUAAUCCGGGAGCCAUUUUGUUUACUGUAAGUAGGGGUUGGACCGAAUUCGCUCCUACUGUAGAGAUGUACGUCGAGCAUGUUCUUUGCUGCCCUUUGAGGAUGAUCCCAACGAUUUAUGGAUUAAAACUGAAUGAGCACGUGGAACUUGGAUCUCGGUGUCCACCCAGUUUGCAUUUUGCCGUCCCGGCAAAUCUUUCUUGGCAGAAAGCAAUUCCUUUUCAAAACGUUGUUAUGUCUUCUUCCUCCACUUUGACGGAUUUUUUGAACAAGCUGGCCCAGAAAUGUUUUGUUGGCGAGCGCUUUCCAAACCCCAGUCAGGUUUUAAGUUACCAAAUGGCAUUGUCAGAGAGGCAUCAUUUCUCUCCGUUAACAUUUCACUACAUCGUCAGCUCCAUGAGGCAGCGCCUUGGAGGAGAUCACUGGAUUAAAUAUGCUCUCCUAUCGGAAAUUUCUCCCCUUUUCAACAUGACAAGACGUACAUCGGAGGCCUGGGAAAAGGGCCUGGGAAUUUUGAAGAUGACAGCAGAAAUACCCAUCAACUCUAUUAAUAGAGAUGCAUUAAAGGUUUUAAUUCCGCAAUUGGGUUUAGCCACUUUUCGCUUGGCUCUUAUGCCAUGUAGUCCUUCUACAAGCCAUUUUAUUCACGGAAUCACUCGCAAGUAUACAAACAUCACUUUUUCCGGUACUAUUGGAUCUUACAUCAUCGACAAUUUCUCACUAGAAAUUAACGAAAAAAGCGAGAAAAUUGUCGCUACCUUUUUAAUUGCGUCUGAUCACAACCUUCCUGAAGUGUACAGUGGAUACGUGAUUGAAAGUGUGAAUCAUUGUCCUGUGCUCAGUUUCGGUUCUCUGAAAUCCAUGCACACUGAAAAGUUUCAUCUUCCUUACCCGUUUUCUCGUCCAACACCUUCCCCUGUGUUUGUUCCCAGUCCUGGUGUAUCGUUCAUGAAAGUCGCCAGUUGUACCGAGUGCGAGCAUCAAUUUAAACUGAAGAUAAUCUUCAAUUGCAACGAAACUGUUACAGGACUAACGCUUUCCACCGAUCAAUUACUACCGUGCAAGUCUGCACAUCAAGUUACUCUAUCUCUAAACCAGCCUUCCAAAUCGAAUUCUUUGACUUUGUCAUUUCCUUAUCCUAUUCUUGUCCCUGGACUCAGCUGUACUCUUCAUCUUAAAGACCGUUUUAUUGACCUUAUAUUGAAGAAAGGAUGGUGGGAGCCGUGGCCGGUUGAGUUCCAAUCGAACGAAGAAUGGAAAUGGAAUGUUGAUUCUUUGAAACCUUGGAAAAAUUAUGUGAGCCGUUCCAUUCCGGGAGUUGACUGCACCACGUUGAAUUUCCAUCUCCAAUCGCAAUUUAUCUUGGAUUUUAAAUUGAACGAUCCAAGACCAAGAGAUGUAUCUCCAGUCAUAGAACCUUCCCACUGGAAUUUAAGGGCUGAGCAAUUGAACGAGAGAGAAGCUAUGAAUCGUCAACUACGGAUUGGUGCAUCUUGGUUUUAAUCCACAAGCCCCUUCUCAUAUCUCCUCUUGGCAGUCCGAUUCGAUUGUUGACUGUGAUUGACAAACAGAUGGCUAAUGUCCUUAUGGAACAGAAAAUGUUAAAUGAGGAGACAUACGCGAAGGGAUACAAUGGAAUUAUCGGCUGUAUUACAGGAAAAACGGGCGAAAUGAUCUCUGUUGAACCCUACGAAUUGCUGCUAUGGAACUUGAUUUUGAGACUCAACUCGACUAAAAUCGUGCCCGGUUCAGAGCAAACAAUACUCCUUCCUUCGGGAAUGAACAGCUCUUGGUUGUUUGCUACCUUCAUGUCUCCGCUUUACGCCUAUGCUCCUGCUCAUCCAAAUAGUAUCCGCGCGGUGUUGUCUACACUUGCCGACGAAAAUCGCUGUGGAGCUUGCAAGAAAGACCCCCAAAUUCCGAAGCGUUGCAGUCGCUGCCGUUCCAUCGUUUAUUGCAGUGUCGAGUGUCAGCGCAGUAAUUGGCCGCAACACAAACUGCUGUGUAAACGCAACUAGUAAAAACAAACCAGCACAUCCCAAGUCCGUUCUUGUUCAAUUUUUCAUUGUUAAUUUUGCGGUAAAUUUAAUUUUCAUACCACAAUCUUAUUGGAAUGUUGAUAAGCAAGUGUUUUGAUUGUUGAUGCCGACUGUUUUUUCAUGGAAAUUGGUUUAAAUUGUUCAAUUCAGAAUAAAAUUUUCAUUCA